UUUUGACUGUCUUAUGUAAUUUUAGAUUAAAUGCGCAUUGGAUGAGAAGUAUAAAAGAAGGAAUUUCAAUUUCAAAUUUCAUUGACGCUUUUGUAAUCGAGUUGACCAAACUAUCUCAACAAAAAUAUAGAAAUGGAGAGAUUUGUUGAUCCUGAGCCUCCAAUGGUUUUAUCAGAAGAUCUUGAGCCUGAAUUAGAUGCCACGCUCUAUGCUGCUGGGGCACCUCCAAAAGGAAACAGGUUUGUUGAUCCUCAGGCGCCAGUCAUUGAUUUAGGCAACAAUCCAAAUAAAACGAAGAUACUGCAUUUUAUGGACGUAAGUGUACCAAAGGAUUUGCAUAAACUUCUAGAAGUGCAAAAAAAGGAAUUUGCUGAAAAGACGAAUUAUAAGCAAGCUUGGGAUGCAGCAGUGAAAAUACUUGAAAGUAAGCGGAAAACUGGUGCAUUAAAGAAAGACCACAAUCCCGAUGAAUACCACGUAGCUCUUAUUGCUUAUACGUUGGAAACACCAAAUCUAUACUCCGAUUUCAACAUGCAAACGAGAACUCUUUACACUAAAUUCGGCAUCGAAAAGUAUCCCUACAAAAGUUUCUUUAAAUUUUUGAUGUUGGCAGUUGAAAAUGUUAAGGGUAAGCCUGAAACUAUAAAGGAUGGAACUCUUUUGUAUCGCGGGUGCAAGGGACAAGUAAAGGAUGCUGCAGUUGGAAAAUACAUUUUAUUUCAGCAUUAUGUGUCAACUUCACUGAAGAGUUCCACUGCAACGGCGUUCGGUGCCGAUGUAGAGUUUGUUAUCAGUACGGUUGCCAAAGCAAAGCACAUUGGACUGGAAGCGCACAGUACUAUGAACGAACAAGAAGUUUUGUUUUGGCCAUUUGAAGAUUACCUAAUUACGGAUAUCAAGAAAACAGGCAGCAAGACUACCAUUUACGCAAAAAAUCAACGCUGAAGCUGUCAGUUUAACUGAAGGAGUAUGACCUCCGUAUGAUAAAUGUUUUUGCUCGCCUGCGAUUAUAAUUCUAUUAUUGCACAUUUAACUGACUACAAACAUCAGAAAUAAAGUGCAAUAAAUUAUUGUUACAGA